AUGACUUGCACUCAGACACUACUUUACGUCAAACGAAUGGUGCGUUUUGCUACAGACAUGGCGAAAAGUUUCAUUGCAUCGCUUUUGCUAUUUUUUCUACCGAUUUGUUAUGGACAAACGGACCCUCAACCGCAACAGAUUCACUUGUCAAGUACAGGUAAGGGAAGAAAUGAUCGGAAAGAACUAAAUGAAGGUAACUGAGAGAUUAAAAAUUCGCCCAUGUACGCAUCCGGACAUGCAUGAUUUGGUAAACAGAUUGUGAAGGAAAUUCAAAGCGACCGGUCUAUCGAUGAUCGACGAAAGCAUAAGCUGAUAUAAGCAAGAAUUUGAUAUUGAAAAGUUGCUUUUACUGUUCGGAGAUAUGAGCGGACAAUUCUGUGAGAAAUCAACUUUGUUUUCACAGUUGGCACUCUCUUACAUAAUACGUACAUUUUUGAAAUGCAGUUAUAGAAUGUAAAAUGUGAAAGAAGGGUUAUGUUGAGGAUUUUUGGAAAGUUCUUACAUACUUAGGCAUUUUUUUUUACCGGUAUGGAGACUCUAUUGACGGUUACGUAGCCUAAAUCGACUCUUAAAACAACGAAAAGAAAAAAAAAAGCAGAUUGAAGAGGUGUUGUCAACAUGCAGAUACAAAUAAAUUCAGGAAGUUUGGUUUACAUACGUACAUAACUGUUCAUCUGAAACAUUAUUCUUUCUGGAUUCUGUUAGGUUUAUCGAUUCAACCACAAAAGGAUCUAAAGAAAUUCGUUGUAGCAUGUACAAACAAUCAUAAUUUUGGUGUUAACGCCUUGGUCAUCAAGAUGUUCAUCCAAAUCUACUGGAGCUAUUUGUCAGCGUUUACUCUCAGUAGAUUUAAAUUUUUGAGGAAAAAUACAGAGCGAUAGGGGAAGAUACGUGAAACGAUAUUUUAAAACGGAAACAUACCCAAGUAAAACUUAGAAACGAGCUAACGUCAUUAUUUAUUUAUGGUUCCUAUAAAAACAAUUAUCCGGUUAUAGCAGGCUCUGUUGUAAGUGAAAAUCAGCCCUCAGAGGUUGGAGGGUGAAAGUGAAAAAAAUGACGAUUUUCUAUAGAACCUGCCAGGGGUGGCUUCUCUUCAGUAUCACAUUCCUACAUCUUGAUUCUAAAUAAGGCAAGAGGAGGUACAUGUACUUGUAAGAACUUUAGCAAGGGUGAACUGGUGGGUUUCCUAAAUCUUGGCUCUGUUUCAGAGCUAACUGUUUCGCUGUCCUCAGAUCUGGCUCUGAAAGUUUUAUGUGUUUAUAAGUACACAAAAGUUGCAGUGGCAAUGUAGCAUUGGUGAGCAUUUAAGAUCACUAUUGUGAUAUACCUUAUUACAAGAUUCAAAUAAACUUUUGGGUCUAUGUAAAUGUAAAUGUAAACAUUAGUGGUGUUAGCAUAAAUUAAGCUUAAUUUAACUGUAAAUAUACGAAAAUCAUACAUGUUGAGGGUUGAAGAAACAAAUAUAGAAGCAAUCCUUGUAGUUACUGGAAGCUACUGAACUAGUAGUUGAAAUAAGGCCUGAAGAAAAAAUCAGGCCCAUAUGGGAUUUGAACCCAUGACCUCUGUGUUACUGGUGUAGCACACUACCAACUGAGCUUACAAGCCAAGUGGGAGCUGGUCAUUAUGUUGGUUUCAGAUAAACCCUCCAAGUGGUUAAUUCAUUACUGUAAUUAAAUGAAAAUCAUAUAGGAAGACUGUGGUCCAUGUGGGCCUGAAUUUUUUUUAGGUCUUAUUUUCACUACUAGUUUUGCAGUAUUCAUAACUGUGAGGAUUGCUUCUAUAUUUGUUUCUUCAACUGCAGAGGUCAUGGGUUCAAAUUCUGUAGGGACCUGAAUUUUUCCAGGUCUCAUUUUCGCUUCUAGUUCAGUAGUAUUCAUAACUGUGAGGAUUGCUUGUAUAUUCAUUCACAAUAAUUUUGAUACAUUUUGUCACUCUUUCAAGGAGACCCAACGGAAAUGAUGGUCACAUGGGUGACUUUAGCACAAACAGAAUACAGUGUUGUGCAAUACAACAAAGCUGGUUUACCCCUAACGCUUCAGACCUCAGGUACCGUAACCAAAUUCACUGAUGGAGGAUCAGCACACAGAGUGCUGUGGAUGCACAGAGUGAAACUAACAGGAUUGAUGCCUGGUCGAGUAUAUGGUAUGUACAGUUUAUUGCCAGAGAAUAUUUGGUUUUAUUGGCUGAAGCAGAUCAACCAGCUGAUUAUCAAUAAUACAGUAAAUGGUGUGAACCAGGGUUUGCAACAGUUGUGAUUGAGGUUUUGCUAACUAUAGUGGAAGUCAUCAGUCAAAUAAAAUGAUGAGUUGUGGUCAGUCCUGUGUUAUAGGUAGGGAAAAAAAAAGAGAGUCCCCCGCACAUUUCUCGGACAUCAAAAAGUAAAAAUAAUGCAUCAUGAAAAAUCAGAUAAACAACUUUAAGGUUCAUGUAUCGUGAAAAAAAAAAUUCACAAUUCAUGAGGUCUAAAUUUUGCAUUUUCACUGAUCAUAAAAAUGAAAAACACUUAAUCCUACAUCAUGCAAUAAACCCUUUUUCAGCCUCUUACACAGGGCUCCAAGUUUUCUUUUUUAAAAAGUUGUCUUUGGUGACCUUCAGUUGUAAAGUAUUCGCUAUAAAAGAAAUUUGGUCUCAAAGAAAGAAUAUAUGUUAUAUCAAAAGAAGGACAUUUCAUGUUGGUUCACCAGAGUUUAUAUGUUUGAUAAGUCAAUCAAACAUUUAUGGAUUUUUUUUUUUUUAAUAUGUUGGCCACUUUCACCGAGAUUUUAGUCACCAAAUAUUUAUUAAUUUGCUAUGGUGACCAAAGUGAUUGCAACUUGGAGCGCUGUUAUACAUCUGGUGCAUUAGAAACAAAAAACAACAACAACAACAACAACAACAUAAAAGUCCUGAUUGUUAUAUCUUUAAUCCAGAAUACCACUGUGGAGGAAUGGAGGGCUGGAGUGCUCUCUAUAAGUUUAAAGCUCUUCAAUCUGGUGUAGACUGGAGUCCUAGAAUGGCAGUGUUUGGAGAUAUGGGCAGUGUUAAUGCUAAAUCAAUCAGCUUUCUGCAAGAAGAAACUCAACAAGGACUCUAUGAUGCCUUCCUUCAUGUUGGUAUGUACAUUGUAUGUUUGUGCUCAAGAUUUCAUAGCUUAAACAUUGUGGCUGGUGACAAAAUUUGUCUUCGUUAGCUUGGCUAGACAAUAUACUGUAAAUACACUAUGUGCUAGAUCAAGAUCUUCGAUUGAAAAUAUUAUGGAAUCUACCAGAACCUGCAGAGAGGUUUCGUUAUUUAUAUGAUGUAUUUUGAAGAGAACAAAAUAUCAUCAGGUAAUUUUUGACUGAGUUUCUUUCUUCUUUUCAUUUUCCUUUUUUAGGUGAUUUUGCAUAUAACAUGGACACUGUAAGACACUUUUUUGUUUUAUGUUUAAUAUUAUACUGUUUCUGGCCUUUUUUUUUUUUUUCAUUUUUUGAGGAGUGAAUCCUUCUAAUGUUCAUGUACUUUUCAACAGCUAGUCCUUUCCCAAGAAAAAGUGUCAACUAUUUUGAUCCCUAGUCACUGUUCAUGGCAACAAAAAAGAUAUUUCAUUAUCAAACAAUUUUGAGUUCAUCACCUAUGAAUUACACAAUUCAUUUCCCUUUACAACAAGAGCAUACAAGGAACUGCAGAUGAAAAUCCACAUGUUGAUCACCUCUUCCAUCGCUGGCAAAUUUUGUGGGCAGUGGGGGCUUUACAAUAACUCAUUGCUGUUGAUUACCAGACACCAAACAUGUUGAUCACCAACAGCUGCUGAUCACCUCUUUCUUAGCUGGAAAAUUUCAUAUGUAGCAUUGGAGGGCUUUGCAACAACUUGCUCAUGAUUCUUACGUCAAUUCCUUUUUUUAUUCAUUUUAAAAACAGGACAAUGCUUUAGUUGGAGAUGACUUUAUGAAUCAAAUUCAGUCAAUUGCUGCCUAUGUACCAUACAUGACAUGUCCUGGAAAUCAUGAAUCUGCUUAGUAAGUUGACCUUGAAAUAUUUAAAUUGUUCCAUUAUUUCUUUUAUAUUGACUUGCAUUUGAUAUUAAUGCAUAUCUGUGUUCUUUACAGCAACUUUUCCAACUACAAAAACAGGUUUUCAAUGCCAGGAAAUACUGAGAAUAUUUACUACAGGUAAAAAGUCAUGUAACACCAAGAUGUGUCUCUGAUUCCAUUAGCCAGUCUUUCAUUUAAAUCCAAAACAUUUGACAAAUAAGUGGAUUGUCUCACACAAUUCAAAGAGUUCUAGAUAAUAAUACUGCAAAAUCCAAACAUAUCUAUAGAUUGUGCUCUACUUUUGCUACAUAGGUAAUGUAUAUAAUACAUAUUGUUCUUGUAAUAGCUGAAAUAGUAACGUUAGAAGUACAAGUUACCCCAGUCCUAAUAUCAAAUGUUUUUGUACAUGUAUUGUAUGUAUCAAAUGGAACAAUUGCGAAGGAGAAAUACAGAAUCUGCAUCUUAAGUUCAGCUUACUGUGGAUACUAUUGGUAACUCAAAGUUAUCAAAAUAAAUUACAUUAGAAAGCAAAGCACUGCAGAGGCAAGUGGUGGCUAAUUUACUACAGAAUUCAUGCUUAUCCUUCUACCAUAAGCAAGAAGAUAGUGGUUGUGAUACUUGGAAUGGGACUAAUACAGUAUAUCUUCCCUAUGACUUGCUGGUGACUUUUUUGUGACUUAUUCGUGGGAUUUUUAGGGUAGCGUGGGAGAUGACCACUCUUGCACACAGAAUGUGUGAAGCGUUGAUAUUGUGAACAAAAUUUUUACAGUGUUAAGAUUCCAAUAAUGUGCACCACUGAUGGUUAGGUUUUCAGUGCAUACAAAGUUUUCUCUGCAUUUAAUAUUCCAGACCUGGAAUAUCUCGGGAUGGUUGGUUUCUGGCAAUACCAGUAGCAUUUCAUUCAUUUGGUAAUUGAAGGUUUGACAUAUUUGUUCUUUUUGGGUGAUUAUGUAUCAGCUGGAACAUUGGUCCUGCACAUAUCAUUUCCAUUUCAACGGAAGUGUACUUUGAUUAUCAGUACGGAAUUGAGCAGAUUGUCCAACAGUAUGAAUGGUUGGAAAGAGACCUGCAGGUUAGUUUUCUUGGAGUGCUGUUAAAUUGACCAUUGAUGUGUUUUACCUUUUUCCCUGAGAGUGGCAAGCAUCUAAUUUCUCCAAACAAUAUCACCCCUGAAUUAGACUUUAAGGUCACGAGAAUGAAGGAAAUGAUCACUGACUAGGGAGGCUCUUGAAUGUCAUUAUUCUUUUAGCUAGAAUUUUUAUAAUAGAUAAACAUUAAUGAUGAAUUAGUUUCAAGCAUUUUAUAUUAUAACUGAGUCUCCAUUUUGAAAUUUUUCUUAACUUGCUAAUGUAAUUAAUCAUUUUUCAGGAGGCAACAAAACCAGAAAACCGUGCUCAACGCCCUUGGAUUAUUACUAUGGGUCAUAGGCCAAUGUACUGCAGUAACUCUGAUGGUGAUGACUGCACCAAACAUGAGAGCAAAGUAUGUUUAGACGCCACUAACUUAUUUACAGGGUCUCAUGCACUCAAAACCCAAUCAGUCUAACCCUAAGACUGAGCUGAGGCAAUACAUGAAAAUAGUUUGAUCUGUUCCUUGCAAUGUGUUGUAGUUCUGCUUUCAUCUCUGACAGUUUGUUUUUUACACAAUCUCUGUAGGUUCGUACUGGGAUCACAUCUGAACAUCUCUUUCGUCUGGAGGAUUUGUUUUAUAAAUAUGGUGAGUUAAAUGUAGCCUGUGAUUACUAUCACCUGCAAUGAGUUGUGAACUUGAUUUUGCGCCUGUUUAUGUUUUUUACAACAAACAGGUUGAUUCAGAGUGAAGAUGGAGUUAUCAAAUUAGAAUUUGUCUUUUGUCUCCUUUUUUCUCUUUCAAAUGAAGUUAUUUAAGAGUGGGUCUACCGAUUUCCCCUACAGGUGUGGACUUGAUGUUUUGGGCUCAUGAGCAUUCAUAUGAGCGUCUUUUCCCUAUCUAUGACAGGCAGGUAAGAGAACAUAUUGGUGUGACAAGUAUUGCCUGAAGAUCCCAAGACAACUUUUACUCUGCUGUACCAGAUGGCUCUUACUUUUGUUUUCAUUUCUUUGUGGUAGAUUUGCAAUGGAUCAGUUGAGCAGCCUUAUACCAACCCUUGUGCUCCAGUACAUUUAACCACAGGAUCAGCGGUAGGUUGAUUACUUAUGGGUGAGGUACACUGGGUUUGAUGUCUGGCUCUUAUUCUCAACCCUUGAACUCAUGAACCAAAUUUGUAAUUCUCCUUUCUGUCAACCGUACAAUUCUUAUAAUGCUAGUUCAGAGAAUUUAGUAUUGGAUCAAGUAAUUAUCCUCAAAUUGAUAGUUUUCGUUAUUCUCAUUACUCAUCUGGUUGAUAUUGUAUUGAUAUUGUAAGGAGAAAUUCUGUCUUGGUCACCCAUGGGAGUUAAAGGGUUAACAAAUGAAUAUUGCUAUGUAAAAUUAUGUUUACUGAUCUGUUUGCAGCUUUUUAAAUUUAUUUUCGACCUUUCAAACAUGUUUUUUUCUUUUCAAUAGCAAUUCUUUUUCAUUCGUGACUGUAAGGAUUCAUUUAUUUCUAGGGUUGUCAAGAAGACCAUGACCCAUUUGAGAAAGAUUACCCCCCUUGGACAGCUUUCCGUUCAGAUGAUUAUGGUUACACCCGUAUGACAAUUCACAACAAGACCCACUUGUACAUGGAUCAAGUCAGUGUGGAUAAGGUAAGCUUGAGUGCAAACAAUGGUGAAGACAUAUUAAGAAUUUUCUGAAGCAGUCUGAGACACGUUUUGAGCAUAUUAAGGGAUGUUGGUGAAAAGUUGUGAAUGUGGCUUUGAGGUUGGCUGUUGAUAAGUUAUUCACCAAAGUGAAGGUGAAUAUCCUUUUCUUUCAUCUACACACAGAAUAAAUACCACAGGUGAAAACCAAAACUUAAGUUUCUUUCUGUCAGUAUACCAAAAAAUGGUAGUCAAUCAGUGCAAAAAAAAUGCACUUUUCAGCUGUAUGGUAUGAACUAAUAUACUGACUUUAUUUUAUUCACUAAAUUUCUUAGCAGGUCUUUUUGAUUGUUUGUUUGUUUGUUUAUUAUUUUGUUUGUUGGUUGUUGUUGGUUUUUUUUCUAGCAUAUUUUGAGAGGUAGUUGUAACAAGAAUGUUGAAUGAAUAUUUCCUAAGUAGUAGUAGUAGUAUUCAAUGUAUUUGCUUCAUAAUUAUCAACUUAAAGGUUGUAUUAUUUUUUUCUCAUCAGCAAGGUGAAGUCAUCGACAAAGUAAUGAUUAUCAAAGAGGAACAUGGACCUGAUGCUUGGAUGCGAAAGAAAUUGAAGGCAUAA